UUUUACCUACAUUAUUCAUGCCUCAUUGCUCAUAAAUAAAUGAAAUUUACCUGUUGACUGGAGUAAAUUUUACCUUCCAGAAUACGAGUCGUUCUUUCUUAUUCAACCAGUUCUUAUUGGAUUUUGUCCCCUUCAUGAUACAAACAAAAACAACGCUAUCAUAUCUCUCAUUUAUGACAUACUUUGGCAUUAUCCGCAUACGCGAUGUCCCACUAAAUUUGAAUCUUCGCGCGAUUAGUCUAUACGCAAAAACUAAUUGUUGAACAUAUGAUACUCAACUAAUUAACCAUGGACCCUUUCGAGUAUCACUUUUGGAUGCAGAUCGAAAAGCUGGUGGGACCUGUUCCGGAAAACAUCAAACACCUGCUGCAGUUCUCUUGCUUCUGCAACUCAUCCAUUGCCGAUCUGGAUGAUGAGCUGAUUGAUCAGAUCGAGCAGGAAGCUCGAACCAUCCCCACGGUACUACGGAUUUCCACAAAUGAGAAACUGAUGAAGAAGUACUUCGGAGUGUACUGUCACACCCCGAGUGAGUUCCGGUUUCGAUCCGGCGAGCGCCGCAUGAUGAAGAAUAUCGCCUUGGCAGUUCGACGGAAAGGCCUGGACAGUUUCAUCCAAUCACUACGCACCAAUGUACAUCACAUUACAGAGCAACCACCACCACCACCACGGCCCGUUGUCUGUUCCCAGCUGCAGAACUAUGAUCCUCAGACACUGCGGCAGAUGUUGAGAGAAAAAGUUCUGAACGCUGUUACCAAUAAUCAUGCGGAAAUCAUCCCGGACUACCUGAAAAUCAUCCAGGAUAAUUUGGACAUACAGGUCGUUAUGGAGCAAGGUAUUCCCGAUGCAUACGUUUUCUGCCCUUUGUGUAGCACGAAGGCAAAACUUUCAAAGGAUAGAACAGGGAAUAUUAUCGUUUCCAAUUACACGUUGCACGUACGGAAAUACCACGGAUUUGGACCAAUCAGUCAGAGUGUAAAACGGAAAGCCGACGAUUACGGAGCCGUGGAGUACAUUCCCGAGCACAUAAUAGAUCCGCUGAUCAAAGAAGAACCGGAUACCAGUGGAUAUGAGCAAAGUUCCUCCUCGUCGAACCCGUACUACCAGAUUUAGAAUUGUACAGCUUUAAUCAAUGUCUAUUUAUAGCAACGCGCAACUUUAAAACUAUUGUCUUCGUCAAAUA